ACACACACAGAGAGAGAGAGAGAGAGAGAGAGAGAGAGAGAGAGAGAGAGAGAGAGAGAGAGAGAGAGAGAGAGAGAGAGGGAGUCAGUUAAUCUCAGGCUAUGAUGAAGUCGCCACUUGUGUGGUGUGUUGGGUUGUUUGUAGUGAUUUUUAUACUGCUGCUUCAGGCUUUCUUUUUGAUUUGGUUCCAGGACAAGAAGCUUUUGUCCAAGGUCAACUAUUUUGAACAGCUGUCAUCUUCUUCAGGUGGGGUUCCCACAGAAUCGCCACUUCCCAGACUGGGAGGUCUAAGUUCAAAGUACACAGAACAUGUGCGUGAGCUGCUCGAACAGGGAACAGCAUGGCUCAGAAACAUCCCAGCAGAAUCUGCGCAAUACCAUAAGGAAGAUUUGUUGGCUUUGAAGAAUGAAAUUGCUCAGAUUCGAGGGCUGAUCGACCUCGUCGAUGAACAUAUCUCCCUUGAACUGCAGUGGAGUUCGGGAUCAUCGCCGAACCUCUCGGAGCCAAGAGCUGGGGCUGAACUUCAGUGUCUCCAAUGGGGCUUACCGCGGAACAACGUGGCGCAAAGAGGACCUGAUUCACAGAAUCAUUCGAAAGAUUCGCAGCGGAAAAUCCCACCGUCCAUCGGUCCUCUUCAUUGUCCUGCUCUUGGUCCACAGAAGAGAUGGCUAGCAUGGAGUCCCAGAGAAGACAGGUACCUGGUUAUGAUGUGCAUGGCCAAAGGUGUGCAGAAGCGCACAGAAUGUCUAUUCAACCAUAUGAUAGCUUCUGCGUUGCUGAAUCGCACACUUGUAAUCCCACUAACGGACGAGGAGUUCGACUAUCGCUUGCACUUUGACUUCAACCACAUCGCCGACUGUUUCGGUGCACAAGUUGUCGUGAGCUUGGACACCUUCCUUGACACGGCAGCAGCCGAUGCCUCGCUUCCUAACGCUUCCUCGUUUGGCUGGCGAAGAUGCCUCCCUAGCCACAGGAACAAGGAAUCCGUGGAAUUGUUCAAGGCGAGGACGGGCUUGAGUUUUGCUCGAGACGAGUGCAACCAGAACCUCGUCGGAAGUCCCAGCUCGACAACCGAUGUUAACCUAGCGGAGUUCGUCGCUCAGUAUUCCUCUGAAGAGCGUGUCAUCGCCAUCGGUGAGGGGUAUGGGCUUCGGAUGGGGAAUGUAACCGUCGAUCUGCUACAGGGUAAGGACCCUUGGGUAGUAAACUGCAGCACUCCAGUUGUUAUCCCACAAGCCGCGAUUGUUCGCACGGCGUCGCUCUUCAUCAAGACCUUCCUUGGUCCGAAAUUCAUCGGUGUACGCUUUCAUCGUGACGACUACUGGAAUGGGUGUCGUCGACAAAAUGCAAGCCAUCCCUGUUCCAUACACUCCGUUCCACAAGUCGCCAGAUUUCUGUCGCAGUUGUCGCAAGCCACUGGCACGAAUGUCAUGUUCAUGUCCACGGAUUGGGCCGACGGUGAGUCGACUCUACUCCACGACCUUCUGAAUAUCCCCGGAUGGCCUAUCAUGUUGGGGAGGUUGCCUGAUCGCCUGGGCGUCAACCGUACAUCCGAAUAUUGGGCGCGAUGGUUGCUACGCAUGCACAUCAACAGUACCGAUGUGAUGCAUCACACCCUCCACCAAGCUGUGCUGGCUCUCUCGACAACCUUUGUUUACACACCCUCCACGUUAUGGACCGAUGGCCAGCCCAGGAAUGCUUCCGACACAUUCAUCGAUGAAGUGCUUAGACUGCGCACCGCCUGGAAGACGACUGGUUGCUUUGACGGACCCAUCUGUGGUGCGGAGCAACCGGAUCAACUCGACCUCAUACCAAUAUCUUAGUCCUUACACAGGCUAUACCUGUCUACAUUAGUGCCUGCUAUAUUUUCCCUUGAACAGCUGAACUCAGACUUUGUGACGCACCUUGUGCAUACACACGUAUUGCAUGUCCUCUCAGGCUUUUUUUUUUUUUUUGUGAAUCCCUUAGGCACAGCGUUCAGAUUUCUCUCUUUCCAUAAAAAGUAAACAACUCUGUGGAUA